CUCUAGCUUACCACAAAUGUCUUCCAAUGGCAUCUAUGAAAGUUAAUAGGCAAUCCUUGGCUAAGCAUAGCCAGGUUUAGCGUUACAAUUUGUCAUAUGGCUAUCAUGAUAUCAAGGUCAGCGUAUCCAAAGCAACAAAACAGGAAGUUAAAAGCCUCGUUUCCGAGCAGAAGGGGAAACCCGAAUUUAGCUCAAAGACAUAGUUCGUCACUACAUCUGAGACUUUCGGGUUGUUAAGAUUCCUGUUUGGUAAGGGCAGUCGAUUAACAGUUGACAGGGAAGGUGCAAAUUUUUCAUUUUUUGCCGAAUAAAAGGAAGAAAAAAGGCAAAAGGCUCUUAGACAACCAUGGACGGUAACACAAGACAAGACUUGGAAGAACUGACACAGCCUCUCCUACCCGGUGGACACGACGAUCAGUUUGUCGCGGAAACGGUAGCAGAGUUUUUCAAUUCCACUGAAAGCGAGGUUUUCCAAGACAAACCAGACGUUCGCUUCGUCACUCUGGAAAAAAAGGACGUGUUUGAUAAAAUAGAAUCACGAAAAGGAGGAAGAGCAAGACAGCGCGUGGAAGAUGGUGUCAUCCAAAUGGAGGCUUGGUCUCCCGUGAAAAUCCUCGAUAUCACCUCUAUACGUGUUUGGGUAAUGCGUGAAAAACAAGCUGCUGAACUUUGCGACGACAGGAAUGGACCAGUAAGUUUGCCAGUUAAGUUUGAGGGACAUAAAGGCGCAAGGCAAUUAUUCUCAGUCGAUCUGGACUCUAAAUACGAUGGCCCGAACCCCUGGAGUCCUCCAUUGUAUAAAUUGGAAAAAGGAGACAUGAAGAAGAAAAACGUUUUUCAGCUUUUGGUGGAGCUACCAGCACAGUCUGGAGAGACUCAAGAGUUCUAUAGUAAACCAUUCCUGCUAAGAAGUAAACCUAAAACUGGCCAACCUAAGAAGAGGAAAUCCAGUGAAGAUUCCUCUUCAGUGGAAUCCACUUCAGAAGGCUCAAUCCCAAAGAAAGUUCCUAGUUCCUUUCAAAACCUUCGGGUGAUUGAACACUUGGAAGCGAAAAGUGCUUACAUUGGAAGUUUAAAAUAUGACAACUUGACAGUAAAUGAAGGAAGAGCCGAUAUUGGAUAUCACUUUAAGGUGAAGGAUCCUAAUUUGUACAAAGAAUUUGAGGAAGGUGAUGUGCUUGGGUUCUUCAAAAGUGACGAUGGAACAGCAUGCGUACAGCUUUUAGACAGCCAAAAUGGAAAGCAAGCUUUCAUGGCAGGAGUCAUCAGCCGGUCAGCCUACCUAGAGGCCACUCCGGCCAUGAGUCAAAACGAUCCCACUGAUGUUAUUUGCGUAAUUGGAAUAAUCAAAGUAAAGUGUAUGGGAUCUGUCCGCGCUGGAGAACGAAUUUAUACUAAUGUGAGCCCAGAUCAUCCUGGCACUGCUAUCCCAGAGUCCCAUUUGCCUCCGUGUGUGAUUUUGGGUGGCGGCAGUGUUCUAUUGGGGAUGUCAAUGGAAGAAAAGGAAGCAUCUAAGCUCAAUGACAUUAACUUGGUUCAGAGUUUUGUGUGCAUGGUUCUUGGAGUAAGCGAUAAAGAAAUCAAAUCAGAAAUAGGAAACAUGUAUAAUCGAUUCGACGUGGAAGUGGCUGCAAAGCUGCGAAAGGAAAGAAGAAAGGCGAGCCGAAUGCGGCGCAUGAUUGUGUGUGGCCUUUUAACUGCGCUUGCGUUAACCGCUUUCUGGAUGUACCAAUUCUUAUAUCCGGGAAGUGCUUUACGAUAUUGGAUAUGCAAGCAUGGUUCCUUAGGAGAUUCCAAAUGCAAUUUCACAUUUAUUCCCGAACGUGACACGGCACAGCGUUGCACAACAAUUGGCCUUGAAUUUACGUGGGAUAGACUUAAAGAGAGAAUGAAGCCGCAUUUGGAUGACAUUCCCGAAUUGGAUUCAAAGAGAGUGCCUGGAAAGCACCAUUACUACCUAAACGUGGAUCGCUGUGCCUAUGGCGGAGUAAUCAAGCUAUCCGCUCCAGUUUCUGGCAUUUCGAACAACGAACAGAUUUGUGGUCCAAUUAUUUUCGUUGUAAACAGUAACUGCUCUGCUGUUUAUUUCUAUCAAGAUAAGCCCCACGCAGGUUGGAAAAUAUACCAGUCAGUUAAGCAUUAUGAAUAUUUACGCCAAAAACUACAUUGCACACGCUCAGAAGUCUCCAGAGAAUGAGCUAUCUAAAUAGAGGGCGAUUACUAAAGAUUCCUUUGUCGAGGGCAAAUCAUUGGAAGCUUGAACAAGUUUACUGCUUCUAAGAUUGGAAAGUAAAUUUUUCUAAUUUUUUUGCAACGGGUCUCUAAUGUAACGAGUUCCUUGGAUUUUAAACAUAGCCAGCUUCAACGUCAAUGCCAUUUUAUCCUGAAAAGGUUCUCUGUUAGAAACUAAUAAAGUGACAUGUUUUCUUAUGAUCACGAAUAAUAAUUUUAUGUAAAGUAGAAACAAGUCUAUAGAAAUUAGCUGGCGUAUAUUUUAGAAAGUAUUAUACCAGUUGAAUGAAUUUCAAAGGUAUUUAUACAGUUUAAAAAAAAAAAAAGAAUCCUAGAAACUUUGCGAAACUUUAAUAAAUGGUUUAGAAAAUUUGAACCCACCUUUGAUUUCCGCAGCUGCUUCUAUUGGGUCAUUUGGAUUUUCUACCAUAAUAUGGUCAUCAGCACUGGUCUGCAAGUAUUGUUAAUGCAAGUUACCUUAUUAGUUAAUUUUUCAAAUACUUCCUAUAUACUAAACUGAAUAAAAGAGGCUUUUCUGUCAAAAAGUUAGAAAUUUUUUUCCCUAUCAGUCGUAUUCACUAAUCUCCUAGUGAGGUCUUCUAACAGGUCAAGACUAUCCUCUGUUGUACCGGCGGGAAUGUGGGUCGCAUCAGUUGAAUUAACUCACGUCAAGAAGGGUUUACCGGCCAUAUUACUCUUAUUCUCCUUACUGGUGGGAUUCCCGGACACAUCAGUCACUUUGCACAUACUUAUUAGGGUAUAUAAAGCCUUACUUACGAAUCAAAUUUAAUUACGUGCAUUAAAUCUUUAUUAUGAAAUAAUCGAGAUAGUACGUGCACUCUUAUUGGUCAACUGGUAACUUUAGAACACAGUUGUGACUUCAUACUUUUUUUGUCUGUGGGCACAAUUUGGAAAUAUUUGAAACUCAAAGCUUUCGCAAUUUUAAGUUCAAAUAACAAAUAUUAGAAAUGAAGAAAAAUUAGCUGAUUUUUUGUUUGGG